UAUUAUUCUUUAAAUAUUCUUUUAAAAUAAUGAGUUAAUAUUUAUAAAUAAUUAUCCAACAAAUUAUCAAACUAUUAUAAAAAAUUAAUUUUCAAAAUUUUAGCGCCAAAUUAAUUUUUUUUAAAAGUAAGUUCUGACAAAGUUUCUUUCUUUGUUUUGAUUUUUAUUUAUGACGUCAUAAACAUAAAUAUAUGUAUGUAUGACUGCACAUAUGUUAAAUGUCAUAAUAAAAACAAAUCGUGUCAAGGAUGUAAUUAAAGUACGUGAUUAUUAAUUGUUUAAAUAAAUUAAUAAUAAAAGUAUAGUUUUGAUUUGAAAAUUUGAAUUGAUGACAUAAUUAAUUGUUGAGCUGUCAAAAUGACAACUGAAAAUAAAGAACUGUGUGACUUAACUAAUGUCGUAUUGCAAGUGGGUGGAGAUAAACUAAAUCAAGACAAUCAAUCACUAAAACGCCCCAAAAGAAUUUUACAUUUUUCUGAUGGUGAUCUAGUCGAAUAUUCUGAUGAUGAAACGGACUCCAGUUCACCUGACACUGAUAAAAAACUCAUUGAUCUUAAAAAUAUUGGAUGGAUCCCGUGGACUUGGUACCAAACCUCGUGGAUCGGCUCCAAAGUACUCGAGAGCUGUGAUUACGUUGGCGAAGCACUGGCUGAUUUUUUAGGCAUUACCUCACCCAAGUAUAAUUUUGAACUUGCUGAGUACCAUCGUCUUCAGAAGCUGCAAAACGAUGAAGAUAAAAAAGACCUUGAGAUGCAGGGCUGGACUCAAAGUAAUACAGAAAAUCUUAUUCUUAAUGACAUUAAAACUUCCGGCAAUUAAUUUUAUAAACAAAAAAAAAAAUUACUCACACUCAGUCAAGAGUUUUACGAAAAUUACUCAGUUAUGAUCAACUAUUUAGUUCCCUUAAAAAAACUAGUCUUCUAAAAUUUAUUUCCCGGUAACUUUUUAAGGUAAGAGACCUAGUACCCGAUCAGGGAACCAGUACUCGAUCGCUUCAUGUAUUUGUAUAUUUAUAUUUAGUAAAUGUAGAUAUACAAAUAUAUGAGUGAUCGGGUACUGGGUUUCUUACCUUAGGUCUCACAGAAACGUUUAAAAAUUUUUUUUUUACAUUUUAAAAUAUUUAAAUUUAAUUUUUCAUGCUUACAAUUAUAAAUAUUUUAUUAAAAAAUGAGCAUAAGUAAAUUUGCACAAAUAUCAGUACUCAGCUCUCCCCUUUAUUUUUUGUUAAAAUAAUAAUUCAACAUUUAAAGUAAUUAAUUAAAAAAAAUAAAUCAGGAAAUUUUCAAAUGAUUAAUUUUUAAAGUUCUGAAUGAUCAUUUCCCAAUAAUUUCAUUUAAUUAUUAGGAAAAUUAAUAAUUACAUGUAUUAAAAUUAUUUACUCAAUUAAAAAUAAAUAGGGAGUCUGAAUAUCAAAAGAGGGCUAGCAAUUAUUUUAAAUUGAAAAACAAAAAAUAAGCCUAGUGCCUUUAAAAAAAACGCACUUUAUUGACAAUUUAUAAUAUAUUUUUAACAUAUUAAUAUAUUUGUAUAUCUAAAUUGUACAAUUAUACGUUGCAUUUAUUAUUAUCAUUACUCUUACUCUUUUUGUUCAACAGUCUUUAAUUAAUAAUUAAUACCCUUCAUAUAAAUCUGACAAUGGAAUUAUUUUUAAGUUUUGUCGUUAUUUAAAAUAUACAAUUGCAUCGUACGGAAAUUUAUUGCUAACAGUAACGUCAAAAAAUAAUAAAAUAUUGUCAAUAAUAUGUAAU